AAUAGUACCGGUAACUCCUUGGACACGAAUCGCAUCGAGGACCGGGAUGUUCUCAGGUUUUCGCAGCACGGUGUUCCCGCCUUAGUGGCAUCGAGCGGAUACGAAGAACCUUAAAUUAAAUGGGCGAGGCAUAUUUAGCAAAUGCUGUCAAAUCUUCGAAGAGUGCCACAGGAGGGACGAAUAGCGAUUUCGUUCCGGUAACACCAAUGUACAUGGCCCCGGAUCCGAACUCCUAUUAUGCCUCGACGUUCAUGCCAAUGACCGACUCAUAUACCACAGUGACAGCUCAGCAAUUUCAACCUCAGCUACAGCCUAUGCAAGAUCUGGUGUCGUUCCUGCCUGGCGAUGAUCAAGAACCAGGCUUAGAGUCAUUUGUUCCGGAUAACAUGCUGGAGAUGUGGUCAGCCACUCCGAGUGGGUUUGAGUGGAACGAUUGGGAUUCGUACAUGAGCAACUUAUGUAGUGCCCGGACGUUCAAAAGGACAAGCCAUUUUACUGUACAUCUUCUAAUGGGUUGCGGAGCAUCAUCUCCCUCCAUACCCCCUUUCACUGAUCAUAUGCAGCCGGACUUAUUUCUGUGAAAAACAUUGUCGUUGUUCUGCAUGGAAGCUAUGUGCCUGGUACGUCAAAUUCACGUCCUAAAAUGACGUCGCUCGUGCGGUGGCCAUGCGAUACAAUCUAUAACGG